AUGAGAAUACCGAUCACUAUAUGUGCAGAGGCAGUCUCCAGCUACGACGAACACAAGCUGCAUAUUGUCAAAACCUACAACAAAAAGUAUCUUAAGGCGGACGCCCGCCGAGCCAUUAAGAAAUGGGCAAAGCAAGGCUCUGUACGGCACCUAAUCGUGGAGCCCGAAGACAGCGCCUUAUAUCCUCUGAAGGCCCGACUCGCAUCCUUAGUCGUUCGCACUGAUACUAAUCGCAUGAAACUAGUCGCAGAUGAAGUCGCCAAAAACCUGCCUGAACGAGGCAGUUCCUAUUAA